GGGUCAUCAAUAUCACACCCGAGUAUACUCUUCCGGCAGACUAAUAUAGUAAUAGUUGAAGGAUGGACGACGGCAUCGAACUCAAUUUUGCUGCACCCGCAGCAGGGGGCAGUAGCAGGUUCGAAAAGAAGAAACAAGGCGGUCGAUGGACGGAUAGGCUGGAUAAAGACCCUGCCGAGGUAGCGAAAGUGAAGAAGACGCCUAAUUACGGGACGACCGGGGUGGUGACGAAACCGCCCCCAAAGCAAGCUUCACAACGACCCGCACCUGGAGGUGGUAGCAGUCGUUCUGGCGGCACCGCACAAAACCACAACGGCAACAACUUUAAUGCUGAUUCUGGGUCACAUAACGGUAAUAACGUCAGAGACGCUCCUCCUCAUAAACGACCCCGAACCGACGGACAACCUUCGAAUGCAACCUCGAACUCGAAAGACGAUUUCGCCAAUGUCGAUAUCGCCGCCCUCGCACGACGGAGUACCACCUCGGCCGCCCAGCAACAACAACAACAGGGCUCUUCUUCUUCAUCUUACCGACCUGGAGCUGGGGCUUCGUAUCAAUCGCAUUUACAGUCCCGACAGGGCGGACAAGGACAGGGUGGACAGGGGGGAGGGGUGGUCUCGGGGUUGUUCACGGGGAUGAGCAGUAAUCGUACAAACGCCAGGGAUGGUCAGGAUGAAGCAGGAGGUGAUGAGGACGAGGUUGAGGACAACGAAGGGAUGGACAAGAUGGACAGGAGAUUACAUUUGAACGCCUCGAACGCUCCGGAUGUAGAGAGCCACCUCGAUGGGAUCAAGGACGACAGGACGUUUGAAGGACUCGGUCUUGAUCCUCUUUUGGUGGAACAUUUGCAGAACAAGAUGGGCAUCCAGCGACCCACCCGGAUCCAGAGGGUCGCCCUGAAGGGGUUGUUAGACCCUACCCCGUUGACGUUAGGGGUCGAGCCGGCAAAGUUCUCUUUGGUCGAACACGCGAGGAAAACGAAAUCGAACGAAGGACCGAGGGACGCCUUCAUUCAGUCUCAAACAGGAUCAGGAAAGACGCUCUCUUACCUCCUCCCCAUCAUCCAGACGCUCUUACCGCUCGCGUCGUCCAAAGACGUCGGAUAUGUAGAUAGGUCGAUCGGGACCCUGGGGAUCGUACUGGCUCCGACGAGGGAGUUGGCCAGGCAGAUCUGGGGGGUGACGGAGAGGAUCCUGGGGAUGAGGUUGAGUGUCGUCUUGGAUGACGAGGCGAGGACGAUGAAGCCUGUCGAUGGGGGGGUCGUCAAGGAGGACGGGUCAUUGCCCGAAGAAGACGAAGACGUCAAGGAGGAAGAGGAGGUGGAGGUGGAGAGGAGAAAACCGGUCUAUCAGAGGUUCUUGGUGACUACCCUUCUGACGGGAGGAUCGACCCGGACGCACGAAAAGAGUCGGCUCAGAAAGGGCUGCCCGAUCUUGAUCUCCACCCCGGGUCGGUUAUUGGACCACCUACAGAACACCUCGUCGUUCAAGGUGGACCGUCUACUAUGGCUCGUCCUCGACGAAGCCGAUCGACUGAUUGAGGAAGGAUUCGGCGAGACGUUGGAGGGAAUCAUGAAAGCCAUCGAGGGGAGGAGGCGGAUCGGGAUCGAGAUGGACGGCCAAGGGUUGGGGAGGAGCAAGAAGAAGAAGUUUAUGAACUGGCCGUACUGGGGCUUGGGGAGGAGGACGAUCUUGUGUUCGGCCACCGUCUCGGGCGAGGUACAAAAGCUCGCCGGGACGGCCUUGAAGAACCCAAUCAUGUACCGCGCUUCGGACGCUGGCAAGAUCGACGAGGACGAAGAGGAGGAGGAGGAAGAACCCGAGCUCAAGGAUCUCGCACAGGUCGGGGCAGGGCAGGGACAGAAGAAGGGAGAAGAAGUCCCUGAGGAACCUGAACAGGAGCCAGAAGAAGAGAUCCAGAUCGUCGGCAAGGGCGCGGACAAGUUUACCCCGCCGUCUCAGCUGGAUCAGAGGUAUAUGAUCGUACCCCUCAAGCUCCGACUCGUUACCCUCGUUUCGUUGUUGAGGACGUUGAUCGCCAAGGGCAACAUCGGCGGACCUUCAGGCCAGGGGAUGAAGGUCAUCGUGUUCAUGAGCUGCACAGAUUCGGUCGAUUUCCAUUGGAAAUUGAUGGGUGGGGUCCAGAUGGGUGCGCCGCCUAAAGCCGAGGGCGAUGAAGAUGAGAACGAGGAAGACGAAGAUGCAAUCAAGCAGAAGAAGAAGAAGGAAAAAGCGAAAAAGGAACAGGAACCGAUCUCGUAUACCUGCCCGCUCUUGCCUUCGACGUCGAUUAUGCGGUUGCACGGUUCCUUGCCGCUCCAGACUCGAAGAGAGUCCCUCCAGGCGUUUGCCAACGCGACCACCGCUGAAGAUGCUAGCAAGCAUUCGAUCUUGUUCUGUACUUCGGUCGCCUCGCGUGGUCUUGAUUUGCCUUUGGUCCGAGCGGUCAUCCAGUACGAUCUGCCUACCGAGCAGGGAGUUGCCGAGUACGUGCAUCGAGUCGGACGAACGGCUCGUGUCGGAAAGGGCGGAGAGAGUUGGGCGUUUGUCGAGAACGCCGAAAAGGACUGGGUGCCAUGGGUGCGGGAGGGUAUGAGCUCGAACGAAAAGGAUGGCGACAAGGUCAAGAUGAGGCAGGUCGUCGUCGAGGACGUGCUGAAGCGAGGGUUUUCGCCUCGAGGUGGACACGCGGAUAGCCGAGAGUUUGAGCAGAGAGCGACGCAGGUCCAGCUGGCCUUUGAGCGAUGGGUACUGGAUAGCAACUCGAAUGCCAACCUUGCGCGACAGGCGUUUUCGUCCUAUGUCCGAGCCUACUCGACGCAUCCUCACGAAGAGAAGCGCUUCUUCCACGUCAAAAACCUUCAUCUCGGUCAUCUCGCCAAGUCGUUCGGUCUCCGUGAGACGCCAGGCAAGAUCGGAGGUGGCGGUGGAAGCAAGAAGAAGGAUUCCAAGGGAGGCAAGCGAAAGCGAGGCGAUGCCGAUAGCAGCGACGACGAUCAGGAAGCCGAAGAGGCCGAGAUCCGGGCCGCUGCUGCUGGAGGGAAAUCAUCGGCAGCUAAGACGGAUAUCGAAAAGAGGAUGUACGCAGCCGUCAGGAAGCAAGGCAAGCUCACCAAGGUUGGAGGAAAGAUGGCCGCUGGAGGUGGGGAUGCGGAGUUCCAGGUCGCGAUGAGCGGCAGGGAUCUCGAAAAGCUGGUCGCCGGAGAUAGAGGCGGCGGGUUCGGAAAAGGCAAGGGUCGGAAGGGCCGAUGAUAGCUGUAAUGAGCAAACGAGAGGAUGAUGACGAUGUUGUAUCUGGGACUGUUCCGUUUGCGUUACGACUUAUUCAUAUUAUAGCCUUGAUAGAAAGGACGCUUGACUAGCGCUCGACUG